AUCGAAAUGUCUUCCGGUUUCUCCCAGUAUGUCGGGAUGUGGCGGAGGAGCUGAAACAGCGCAGCUAGUGGUGUCCUUUCGGACGACUUGGCCGCUGACAGAAUGAGAUAAGAUGGAUAAAGAGACGGCGGCGGAUUGCUGUGCGGCUGAAGACGAUGAAUAUCCGGACUCGGAGGUUUUUUGUCUGAUGAGAGUCGGGAGGAACUCAGACUGGCUUCGCUUGUUCGAAAACACAGAGAUCACCAUUGGACGUGGUGUGGAUGUAACCUACCAACUACUGUCUCCCACCUGUCCCCUAAUGAUCUCCAGACUGCACUGCACUUUCAGGCAAAGUGAAGACGGCCACUGGACAGUGACAGACAAGAAGAGUCUUAAUGGUGUUUGGGUGAAUGGAACUCGUCUGCCUUCCGAUGAAGCCCAUCCGGUCAGGCUCGGAGACUCCAUACAGCUCGGAGUUCCUGUAAUUGGAAACAAAGCAGAGUUUGACUAUGUCGUCGUCCAGAAGCCCCUCAGAGACAUUAAACGCUUCCUGGCAAAGAAACUGGUAGAGCGAGUAACUUCAAAAUCUGCCCACAUAUCCAAGAAGCCCAAGAGGAAAUUGACCAUGGAAGAAGUGGAGCCAUCUACCUCGAAGCCCAAACUCUACCGCUGCUCUUCUGCAGACAAGUCCUUGGCAGUGCCCUGCCCUUUAUCUCCGCUAAAAGGUCAGCAGCGACUCAGUCACAUAAAGCCAGAGGGAACCAGACCUGGCAGAGAUGACCGUCAAGCAGAACGACCUUCAGAUGGCUCCAGUGCUACCCGUGACUUUGACAACUUGCAAAUGUACAGUCAGAACAUUCUGCUCUUAAGGGAGCAGGUGGAUAACACCCAGAGGCAGGUCGCCUCCCUGGAGGGGGAGCCCCGACAGGCUGACCCGCUCAGAGAGGAGCAGGUCAGGGAGCUGCGGGGUCAACUAGAUACACUCAGAGCUAAAAUGCACAGGAUGGAGACAUUAGAGAAGUCUUUUAGUGAGACUAAAAGGCUGCUAGAGGAGCAGAAAACGCAGCAACAAGAGGAGCUUUUAAAAAAGCAGCUUGAAGAGGCCCUGCAAGAACAAAAGAAAGUGAUAGGUGAACUUGCGCUCUCCCGACAAGGCUUUGAAGAGAUUCUCUUGGCCAAAAACAAGGAGUUGGAGGUGACAAAGGAGGAAAAGGAAAAGGCAAGAGCCCAAAAAGAGGAAGUAGUUACACAAGUGACCGAAGUGCUGGAGAAUGAGCUUCAGUGCAUCAUCUGCUCAGAGCUCUUCAUUGAGGCCGUCAUUCUGAACUGCGCUCAUAGCUUCUGCUGUUACUGCAUCAAUCAGUGGCGCAAAAAGAAAGAUGAGUGUCCCAUCUGCCGGCAGGCCAUCCAGUCUCAGACCCGCUGUCUGGCGCUGGACAACUGCAUCGACCGUAUGGUGGAAAACCUGAGCCUGGACAUGAAGGCGAGGCGGCAGACCCUCAUCUCUGAGAGGAAAGAUAAGCGAGCUGUUGACCAUGAAGUCAUCAGAUCAGCAGCUGAAUCUGCAGAGGUGAUGGUGAUCCCCGAUGAUGACAGUAGCAGCAACAGCAACAGCGACAGCAACAGUGACAGCAACAGCGAUAGCAGCAUGGUGUCCAUAGAUAGCAGCCUCAGCUCCGUGUUGUCUGUGGACACGGACAGUAGCAUCCAUUUGGAGUCCAGCUCUCCGUACAGCGGAUACUCUGAUGACAGUUCUGAUGAAGAUGAGGAUUAGCCCCUUUUUCUCCUCUGGGCUGUAAUAUGGAAUUAGACUUUUCUGCUGUUGAGUUUCGCUUUUCCAUGGAAUUUUCCCGGGACAUUUAGGAUAGAGGAUGCAAAGUUUGGUCCAGGGAGGUUUAUGUUUAGUUAUUUUUUUUGUAAAAUAAUCAUUUGUGUUGUCUUUAUUUUCAACUAAAUGAAUAAAGUUUAUUCAUAUGCAUUUCAAGUUCAAUUUGUGUUUCCUUAUAUUUCAAGUAAACCUGGGAAUUCAAACUUUUGUCAGUGGCACAGAAAUCCUGCGUGUGUUUGGUGAUACACGUUUUACUUCUUUAACAUUUACUGGCCCAGGUAACUAAAAAUUCUGCUGUGUUUUGAAAGUCGCCACCUUGGUGUUAAGUUACAUUCGCAAACAGCUUCAGAGUUCAAACAAUGUGUUUAAACAACAAAUGUUUAAAGCUGGUACCACAGCAACAUCAGUCCCUUAUGACCAGACAACUAUUGUGUUAUCAAAAGCAGAUAAAGGCAGAAAAAGGGGAUCUAGUGGCUCUUUUAUGCUUUGGAAAAGGGAUGUUUAAUUAGAUUAGAAUAGAAAUAUCCCUUAUUGUCCCUCAUUGGGGAAAUUCAGGUGGUCCAGCAGCAAAGUGAUAGGCAGAUGGAGCAUUCAGAUUAAAAAAAAAAAAAAAAAACUAUUCACAACAUAAUGACAAAAAAUACUGUGGAGUUAUUAAGUUAUUUUAAAAAAUCCAUCUUGUAUGGUCCCUCUGUGCCUGCCUGGCUUCUUUAUGGGUACUCCGGCUUCUUCCCCCUGUCCAAAGAAAUGCAUGUUAUCUUAAUUGGCUGACUGUGAAUGGUGGUCUGUCUCUCUAUGUUAGUCUCGGGAUUGGCUGACAACCUAUCAGGACCCUGCCUUUCAAGUGGGAUAGAGUCCAGCCCCCUGUGACCCUGAAUU